AUGUCUCACAACAUUAAAAUCUUACCUGGUGCCACAGUUUGUGAAGAUUGUACUUUAGAGGGUGAUAUCACGAUCGGAGGAGGCACAGUUAUUCAUCCAAGAGUGACAAUUAUUGCAGAAGGAGGACCCAUUAUUAUUGCAGAGUAUUGUAUCAUUGAAGAAUAUUCCACAAUCAUACAUAAAAAAAGUGAUCAACAAGAAAAUCCUCCAAAACCACUGUUUAUUGGUGCACACAAUGUUUUUGAAGUUGGCUGCAAGUUGGAAUCUCCAUGCGGUCAUAUUGGAGAGAGCAAUGUAUUUGAAUGUCGAUCAUAUGUAGGUGUUGAUGUUAAAAUUGGGAGUGGAUGUGUUGUUGGUGCAGCUUGUCACCUAACCGCACCUCAGACACUAGUCGACAAUACUGUGAUAUGGGGUUCUGAACAUCACAUCAGAGAGGCAUUGGAAAAACAACCCUCACAGUUACUCCAACUAGAUUUCCUAAGCAAAGUUAUGCCCAACUACCACAGGCUAAGGAAACCAAAUGUUCAUAAACGACAAUCGUCUACAAGACAAUCCCAAGAACCAUCACCAAAACCAUAA